CCUAAAUAUCCUAUCAUUUGGGUUUAAAAAGAGAGGGAUUUACAUAUAUUGCACUCAAAUUUAUAGAUAAUGGAACUCUCGAUGUGAAAAAGAAAUCACGAUGAAGCAUUCAUCGACGAAUGAGAGAUGAGAAAGUUCCAGCGAGAUCUCACUGGAUAGGGGUUUUGACUGCGUCCACUCCUUCCCCACUGCGAUGGAGCAUUCGUUGACGAAAAAGAGAGAGAAAAAUCCCAACGAAAUCUCACUAAAAAUGAAUAAUGAGAUUUAUGAUGCCUCUCUUUUGUCGUCCCAUAUUUAAUUAGUUUAAUUUUUUUAAUGUUUAUGUUUCUUUCUAUUUUCAUUAUCAAAUCAAUAUUAUAUUAUUGUCAUCAAUUUCAUCCUAAUGAUCUCUCCCUUAUCAUUGAUGAUUAGAUUGUAUUAAAAAAAUGAGGGGGAUGUUAUUUAAAUGUUGCAUAUGUAAGAAAUUAAAUUCAGAACACUGAUCUCUCUUUGCUUGAAAGCGUUCAACGUCCGAACUGCGGCCAUUGGACUCCUUCCGCAUAUUUUCAUUGUCCUCGAUCUGUUUUGGUGUUUGUUUGCAUCGAAGAGCGGAUCUGGGGUUUUCCGGAGGGGAGUAGAAUUUCAGGGGCUUCUUUGGCGAGUCUUCCAUGGCUGCUCCUCCGGCUAGGGCUCGAGCGGACUACGAUUACCUCAUUAAGCUUCUUUUGAUAGGAGACAGCGGCGUCGGCAAGAGUUGCCUCUUGUUACGGUUCUCAGAUGGCUCCUUCACUACAAGUUUCAUUACCACAAUCGGCAUUGAUUUUAAAAUAAGAACAAUUGAGCUGGAUGGAAAGCGUAUUAAAUUACAAAUUUGGGAUACAGCCGGUCAGGAACGUUUUAGGACUAUUACUACGGCUUACUAUCGAGGGGCCAUGGGCAUUUUACUUGUUUAUGAUGUAACUGACGAGUCAUCUUUCAACAACAUAAGAAAUUGGAUCCGGAAUAUUGAACAACAUGCCUCUGACAACGUUAACAAGAUUCUAGUGGGUAACAAGGCUGACAUGGACGAAAGCAGAAGGGCUGUUCCUACCUCGAAAGGACAAGCACUGGCUGAUGAAUAUGGAAUCAAGUUCUUUGAAACUAGCGCAAAAACAAAUCUAAAUGUGGAACAAGUUUUCUUUUCAAUUGCUAGAGACAUCAAGCAGAGACUUGCAGAAUCUGACAACAAACCUGAGGAAAGGACAGUUAAAAUUAACAAACCAGAUCAAGCAACUGGUGAAAACAAAGCUUCAGAGAGAUCAGCCUGCUGUAGUUCGUAGAAAGUAGAGGAUGGGAGGUGCUUCUUUAAGAUUGUUGUUGGAUCUUUCUUUUUACAAAUCUGAUUUGAUGUUCAGGUAAGUAUGAUUUGCAUUCUUGAUCCUAUCAUAUUCUUUAAACCUCCCUGCCCUAAGUGCAAUGCUAUUUAUUUUUCAUUGCUGGGGAAGUUUCCACACUCCCAACUUAGGCUUCGUUUGGGACGGCUUUUUUACUGCUUCUUGAAGCAACUUUUUAGUACAAAAGUUUUAAUUUUUAUACUAAAAAGCUGCUUCAAGAAGUAGUAAAAAAUCCAUCCCAAAGGAAGCCUUAAACAUGUUUAAAUUCAUCUCUAUCUAAAAAUAGUAGAAUGUUGGCCCUUAA